GGCAGGGGAUGCUUCGGGCAACCGGCAGCCGCAGCCAGCCACGAACGUUCCGGCGGAGAGCGCCUGCCCGCUUUCUCUGCCACUGCUUCUCCUCAGCGCCCCUGGGCUGCGCCCGUAACGGCGGCACGGUAGCCAGCGGAGGCAGAAGGCCACCAGAGCGAGACGCUUGGGCCAUGGGACAGCUUGUCCGGAACGAAGCUAACGAUUCCCACCUCCCCGUACUGCUCAACGCCUGCCGCAGCCGGGGCUCCGCCCCAUCCCCGGAGCCGUCAUCUCUGGCCCGGGAGCCGCCGGGACCGUCAUGCACUCUCUCGCGCUCCGUAAGCGGAGGCUUCUGCCCCCAACAAAGAUGGCUGCCUACUCUGUCCUACUCUGCCCUUCGGCCGGUGUCGAAUGCCAGACUUUCACUUUCGGGUCACUGUUGACGGGGAUGGCGCCGAUUCCGAAGACUGUGGGGCUGGUCAAGCUAGGUAAGCAGGUGAGACAAGACCGGAGGGGGUCCAGGAGGACUGGGGCAGCCCCAAUUAGAUCUGUUUUCAGUAGGAUUUUGUGCUUCACGCGAUGGGCAGAGGGCUCCAGCUCACCUACCCCGAGGCCCCCAGACGCGCCGCCGCCUUCUUUUCCUAUAUACUGUCCUCUGCGGCCCGGCUGCCCGCUGGGGGUCGCUGCUGUCCCCAAACUCUGCAAGGAAUUCGGUCCUGAGGACUACGGCGACGAGGACAUAGUGGAUUUUCUUUGGUGGCCUGUGGAGAAUGAUCCCCAUGGCCUGCAUCGGAUCCGUGUGGGUGGGAGCAGCAGGCGGCUGCAGCUGUGUCACCAUGACCAUUUCUGUUAUGAGGGGGAAACUACUGGACAGAAUGACAAGGCCAAGGAGGCUGAGAAACUGGGCACCUACUGUGGUCUCCAAAAGUCCUUCCUAUACCCUCCACGAGGGUCUAAGCCCUGCCCUCAAAGCCCUUGUGCCUCAGCAUCCUGCCUCAGUGACUCAGACAACCUGCUUCAGGUGGCCAUGCCUCAGAGGCUCCUGCUGACUGAAGAGGAAGCCAGCCGCCUGGCUGAGGAGCUGGUGUCUGAGCAGGAGCGCAUGAAACGGAAAGCAGAGAAGAAACGACUGAAAAAGAAGCAUCAAAAGGAUCGGAAGCGAAGGGAGCGUUUGGAGCAGGAUGGCAGGGAGUCCAAUGCGAAUGUCUACAGGCAGUCUGAGGCAUUGCAGUUGGGGAUGGGAGCCCCCCCGUCCAGCUCUGGGAGCCCAGCUCAGGGACAGUGUUGCGAGGAAGAGGACUCACUGGAUCUAUCUAGUACCUUUGUGUCUCUGGCUUUGUGCAAGGUUGGGGAUUGGCCCCCCAGUGCCUGCAGAGAAAAGGGACUGAGUCAGGAGCCCCAAGGCAGGAGCUUGGGUCCCCAAGAGAAGAUGAGUUAGGAGGAAGGAAGCACUCCAAAAGAAGAGAGCCCCAGGCAGAGUCAUAAGGCAGAGGCAUCUCUAGGAUUGCUGGCAGCUGCCUUACAACAGAGCCAGGAGUGAGCAGAGUUUAGUACCAGCUUUGCCCAAAAUGGUUUCCACCACAAGGCCAUGGUCCUCUUCACCCAGGCCUUGAAGCUCAACCCCCAGGACCACCGGUUAUUUGGAAAUCGCUCAUUCUGCCAUGAAUGGCCGGGUCAGCCGGUGUGAGCCCUGGCUGAUGCCCAGGUAGCCCUUACUUUGCGGCCUGGCUGGCCCCGGGGCCUCUUCCACCUGGGCAAAGCCUUGAUGGGACUGCAGCAUUUCGAAGAGGCAGCUGCUGUGUUCCAGGAGACUCUGAGAGGCGGAUCCCAGCCUGACACAGCCUGGGAGCUCCACUUCUGCCUUCUACAACUCACUCUGGACCAGCGAGGAGGAAGCCCUGGGCCGCCUCUGUCAACUGGAUUCCCCUAUGCAUUUCCCCAUGUUGAGCUGGGGCCUUCAGGCCUCCUCUCCCUCAGUUGCCCUGGAAGCACUGCCCCGAGGGCCCCUGGCCUUCUGUCUCCACCCUUGCAUUAUCCCCCACAUCACCUGAGCCACUCCAGCUGGUCCCUCCCCCAUACUCAGAGCAGAAGACCCUGUCCUCUCCAUUUCCAGGACUCCUCAAAGGGCUGGGGCAUCCUGGGACUUGGGCCCCAGCACCUACCUCACACCAGAUGAAGGAGGACCUGUCCCUAAUAAGGCAAGGCCAUGUGUGCAUCCCACAGGGAUGAAGGACACUGUGUGGUAGCAGUUCACUGCACAUUUUGAGACCUGUACUCUAAAACCAUGGUUGGGAACAUCCCUGGCAGUCAUGACUCUUGCCACAGAGACCUUCUGAUGAGAGAAAGGAGCCCUACAUCCACUGAAAUAGGCUUUCUUUGGUUCUUAAGCAGAUGGCUUCUUCUGGGAGCAGUAAGGAAAAAUAAAAUCCCCCAAGGCUCAAGAAGGGAUCUGUACAAAAGUUCAGGUUUUCAGACUAUAACAGACCUGGCAGUGGGGGCAUUUGAGGCUUGCCCUGCUUCUUGGCCCUGGGGGACUCACUCACCGGCCAGAGCUCUGUGCUCAGGAUGGGGUCACAGUAAUGAAUAAGGCCCAAGUCUCGCCCUUCAGCUUGACAGAUGCUCACUUCUUCCUAAUCCCAGUUCUUGCCCUGUUUUCUGAAGCCUGAGCUCCUCAUGCCCUGUUUCCUGUCCACACGUCUAUACAUAUUCUGACCUCUCCUUUGCCCAAUGGUCUGAUGCUCCCCUCCUCCCACUGCUAAAAGAUUCACCAAGGGUUUGUAUUUACCAGCUUACCAGCUCCUGCUUGGAGCUGGCAGAGCCCAUACAUCUCCAGGUACCUGCACUGCUGGCUCUCCCACUGAUGGGGCCUUAGCAGGUACCCAGGCUUCUGCUACUUUGGUCAUGGUCUUUCUCCACUCCAGCACUGGGCAUUGUAACCAGCCUUUCCCCCAUGUGAAUUUACUUAAUUUUUUCCACCCAGGGUCACUGCCCCUAAGGAAGGCUAAAAUCCUCUACUUUCUGAAUAAGAAUCAUGACCUCCUUCUGGUUUCGCCUCUAAGAUCCUGGCAGCUGCUCCUGGCUGGUUCCUCCCUAGCUCUGCCUGGGACUCUCAGCUCAUUUAAAUGUGGAUCUGUAGGGGACUUUUAGGCCUCCAGAAUGCCUUUCCUAGAGGAACCAUUUAGCAGGAUGAAUGACUCUUGCUGUCCUAUGGGUCUUAUUCAACACCAUUUGCACCUAGAGAUAGGAGAUGCUGAAGCACCUCUUUAUUUAAGGCUGUCCCAAAUUCUUUUUAUUGUUUAUGGUUUCAGGCCCCUUAAAUACUGUAUGACAGAUUGAAGUCUGCCAUUACUAGUUGGGUCACCUUCGGCAGAUUUCUUAACACCUGUGCUUCAGUUUCCUCAUCUGUAAAAUGUGGGCAAUCCCUACCUCACAGGGCUGUUGUGAGGGCUGAAAGAGAAAGUGUGAGAACCUACCUACCGAAAGCCUGGUACAUAGUGGGUGUUAAAUAAACUGAUUUUUAUCUGCAA